UUGUACUGUUUGUAUUAAUGUAUGCUUUUUUCAGUAAGAGGUUAAAAAAAGUGUAUUUAUAUGCUUUUAUAUUGUAAUACCUUGCGGUAUUUAUUUAAUUGUAAAUAGUUGUGUUAUAGUUGUGUUUUAUUGUGUUCUUUAUGGGGCGUAGUUGACAGAAUGCGUGUGACGUGGAGGUAGGGGAGUGCGCAUGUCCGUGAGCGUGCGGGAGUCAGGUGAGAGGAGUGGAAUGCGGUGUGUUGCAUGUGCGCGCACUUUCCGCGAGACUUGUCUGAGCUGUGUUGUUGCAGGUGAGACAGCAGUCCGUCCUCUUAACUUUAAUAACCCCCAGUCUUUUGGGAUUUAUCUCUAGAGUAACUGUGCUCUUUCGGGUCACUACAAUAUGUAUUCAAAAAGGUCAUAAAACCAGCCAAGAAACAUGUUCUGUUUUUGUUAUGUGAACUGUGUUUUUGUGAAUUGUUUUAUUACUUCUGUCAAAGUAGCACUUCAAUAAACUUUUAGAAUUGUUAGAAAGACUGCUCCAAUAUUUAAAGCACUGCAUGUGUUUAUAGUUAUACUAAGUGUUUCUGACGCAUUCUUGCCCACAGUUGUCGAGUUUGCCACCUGCGCCACUACAGUCCCAUGUCAAACAAUAUAUCGCCCCCUGUGUAAUGGACACCCAUUAAAAGGCGGCGGACAGCAGGAAUAAAACUUGAAGCUGAAAAAAUGUAAUUUCAGUGUGCAGCAUGGGGCAAAGGCUAGCAGCAAAGCAAGGGCCGCACAGUCAGAAGAUUGUGAUCUUUGGAGCCAUCUUCCUGUUGAUGACACUUCUGAUACUGUACAGCUCCAACAGUGGAAAUGAAAUUUACAGCCCGUUUCAUAAUUUUUACCACCAACCCAGCAAGUACACUGAUCUAAAAAAGUGGGCGGGCAAGGAGGGAUACGUGGCAGUGUAUGGUAACAAGAGCAUGACCCUGCACUGUCACCAGUGUGCACUGGUCACCAGCUCCAGUCACCUGCUGGGUAGCGGCGCAGGGGAAGAGAUCGACCAGGCGGAGUGUGUCAUCCGCAUGAACGAUGCACCUACCACGGGGUAUGAGCAUGAUGUGGGCAGCCGCAGUACUGUUCGCGUGGUGGCCCACUCCAGCGUGUUCCGGGUGGUCCGGCGGCCCAGCGAGUUCCUCAACAAGACUUCGGACCUUGUGGUCAUAUUCUGGGGUCCCCCUACCAAGAUUGGAAAGGACGCCAAAGGCACCCUCUUUCGCUUGAUCCAGAGGGUCAGCAUGUCCUACUCCAACCUGUCCAGCUUCACGAUUGUGCCCAGCAAGAUGCAUAAGUUUGACAGCCUCUUCCAGAGGGAAACUGGACGGGAUCGAGAGAAAUCUCGAUCCUGGCUGAGCACUGGGUGGUUUACUAUGGUUAUUGCCAUCGAAACAUGUGACAGCAUUCAUGUGUAUGGAAUGGUUCCACCUAAUCACUGUGGCAAGAGACCUCAGCCAAAGCAUAUGCCCUACCACUACUACAAGCCCAGAGGGCCAGAUGAAUGCGUGACCUACCUGCAGAAUGAACGGGGACGGCGGGGUAACCAUCACCGAUUCAUCACUGAGAAACAAGUGUUUGCCCGCUGGGCCAAGCUCUAUAACAUCACCUUCAGCCAUCCAAAGUGGUGAUUCUGAGAAUGGAUUUAAGUCCUUGCGUGGACACUUUGACAACAGUGGUGCAGAGGAAGGAGCUAUGAGAUGCUGCCUUGGGGUUUUCCAAACCCCCUCAGCUCCCGUUUACUCUUACAGUUGUGCUCUUCUGUAGAUAUUUGCAGGAGGACUGGUGCCCUCUCUCAUCACGUUCUUCAUAACACCGUGUCAAGCUCCGCCAAGGGUAUAGGGAAGCCCAGUGCUGACCACACAUGUGAAGGUGACACUUUAACAGGCAUCGGAGGGCUUUGUAACUGGACAUCCACAAGCUUUGAAUGUUCCAUUAUUUAAAGGAAAAUAUCGAAAUGAAGUAAAAACUUGCAGCAGUGUUAUUUUUUCAGGAUUUUCUGGAAGUAGGACUUUCUAAAUGAGGAUAGCUGAAAACUGUUUUGUAAAUAAGAAUUAUAUAAGUUGGUUUCCUAAAGAUGUAUUUUUACAUGUUUA